AUGUUUCAGCUCCCUGCUAGCCCCAGUUCCAACACCGUGUUGGAGAAAAGUGUGGAGGCAGUGGCUCAGUUGGGCACCAAGGACAUGAAGGAGAAGGUGGAGGAGAAGGCAAGCCAGAAAGAGUGAAAGAAGGAAGUGGUGGAGGAGGAGGAGAACUGGCCCAAAGAGGAAGAUGAUGGUGAUGAAGGGCCCGAGCUGAAGAGAGCUGCUGAAGAAGAGGAUGAACCGGAUCCAUAGCAGCAGAAGACAGAAUGGGGCAUUGGCAUGAGCCCCUACCAACAGGCUGGGGAUGGGAGGCCUCUCUGGGCCUGGAGGUUGGAUGGGAGCAGACAAGUGCAGCCACUCUUCACCUGGCUCCCUGCUCUGGGCCCUGCACCAGAGCCCCCACCCUCUUCUUUCUACCCAGCUUUCUCAUUUCCACCUCUCCAGACACUGACCCCUCCAUCCUCACUCUGCCAUUGUUCCACCUCCUGACCUGCUCCAUCUGAGCUCCCCAGCUGGCCCCAGUUGCUCCUCUCUCUUCGUUUUCUUCUUGCCUCCCUCCCAUCACCCCCAACACCCCCCCACCCUGUAGCCUCUCCUGCCUAAUCUCUGCAUCCCUAGCCUCAUGUCCUGCCCCAACCCUAUCCUGCCUGGGAUCUCCCUCAGAUUCCCUCCUUUCAGACAGCGCCAGUCUGGGGGUGGGACCAAACCC